UUCCCCUAGAUGACAGACGAAAUUUUAAAAAAGAAAUCAAGGAUUUUAUUUUAAAUGUGAUUCGUCCAGCAGGAAAAUAUAUAACUGGAAUUUCAGUCAAAAAAAUGGAUUCGCCGGUCAUUGACCCAUAAUGAAUUGGAUUUUCUUACUCCAUACUACAACCUUUUGACUUGUUGUUUGUUCUACUAAAGUUCUUUUAAGUAUGUUUGCGUGUGUUUCAGUGAAUAGUCGCGUUGUGCUCCCUAAACUCGGAAGAUAUUCGACUAGGCGAACCUAAUCAAGUUUAUUUUUAGGGUUUGUAAAUUCUCUCUAUACCUGACUCGCACAAUUGCGUGUCAAUCCAGCAUGAUAUGAGAAGUCGUUUCGGCAUCUUCAUGGAAAAUGUUGCAUGCUGGGUCCCUGUUAUUGUGUGCAAAUGGUUCCAUAAAGGAUAAAUGAUAACUUCUCGCCCUAUUGUCCUCAUUUUGUUUUUGUUUAAUUCAGGAUUUCCACCUUUUUAAUUUGCAGUUUAUCUUGAAGCAUAGAUUUGCACCCAUAGCCCAUUGUCGUUCCACAUUGAUACAUAGUUAUUUGAAUUUCUUCUAUAGAAUCUCGUUGGUUUUUUGCAAAGAAUUUCCACAUUUACUCAAAAUUUACACAUUCAAUUUUUACAAAUUUGGCAGAAUUAUUUCUUAGAAUUAUUAUUAGUCAAAAGCGAAGCUCCCAAAAUAAGCAUGGCAUUUGCUUGAAAUUGAAAAUUAAUUUUAAAAUACCAUUUUCUUUACCUAUUUGAAGUUAAACACCGAACGCAUCCAUUAUUGCGUCACAGUCACAGUUCAUUCACAGUUCAGUCCAGUUGAAGACACGGUCGAGUCACGGUUGGACGUGAUUCCCGGACGAAGAAGUUAGAAGUGAAUCUUGAGUUACGUCAUCCUCAUCCAUCCGCCUACACAUGUCGGCAUCAUCAAAGAACGAUGCCUAAAUAAAUACUCGCUAGCAAGUUAGCUUUCACCAUGGCCGAAUGGGUGAAAGUCAAGCGCCAGAAGCGCGGCGCAGCACCCGCUCUAUUACCGGACGAGGCGCUGUCCGAAGCGUCACUGGACUCUGCGCCAGAAGAAGAGGAGAGAGCCGCCUCAGAAUCCCGCCGGAUCACACCGGCCGAGAAGAUUGCUGGACCGAAUAAAAUCAUCUUCCAGCAAAAUCGCAACAUCGCAGAACUUAGAAGCCAGAUCGCACAGCUGGCGAGCAACCAAGCUGCAACUCAUCAACCGUCCGUCGCCUCAGCACCAGCGACGCACCCUUCAACCACUCAAGGAGCAUCAAACGACGCAAAGAAACGAGCGAGUGAAAAGGUCCCUCCAAUAAUUAUUAUGGAGGAGGAUUCGGCCAUCCUACAGAUAAUCUCGGCACACCUCGAUAAGCUGCCGAACAAAUUCACGAUGAAGAAGGGUGCAAAAUGCACCAAAGUGCUCGUCAACUCUAUCAAAGAGUUCGAUGACACUAAACGCUUCUUGUCGACGAACGACAAGAAGUUCUUUUCUUAUACACCAAAGUGCGAGAAGCCUGUGAACAUGAUCCUUCGUGGUCUACACAGCUUCCAUCCGAGGACGGAUGUGAUGACCGCACUCGCUCAAGCUGGCCGCUCAGAAGCCACCGAUGUCCGCCAGUACGAGACCCAACGCUCCAUCCAGGAGAAGAGGGAUCUCAACCUCUGGCUAGUGUCAUUUAAACCCGGGUUCAAUAUAGCGAAACUCGCGAGAACCAAAACGCUACUACAUACAGUAGUGCGCUUCGAAGCUGUACGCAACAAGCGUACCAUGCAGUGCAAGAACUGCCAGCGCCUCGGCAACGCUGCAGCCAACUGCUUUAUGCCUUACCGGUAUGUGAAAUGUGUGGAUUCACAUGCACCCGGCAAAUGCACGAAAAGCACAGAGGAGAAGCAUUAACUGCGGAUCUAAGGAGCAUCCGGCAAAUUAUCGAAAUUGCAGGACUUUUCAUAAUUUCAGGAAACCAGCGCAGGACCAGUCCCGUCCUAGCUUAAACUCAGCAAGGAUCAACGCGGGCGUAUCGUACGCCCAAGCCGCACGCGGAAUGCACACCAAACCGUCGGUAACCACCGCCGCCUCAUCGACGACAUCUCCAACCUUAGACAGCAAAGCCCAGGAGCCUACCAGACCUCGGGCACCAGCUCAACUCGUUUAUGCCAGCACUGUCUGCCUCCAAAGACAUUUGGGAGCAACGGAUGCAGCUCUUGUCAUUCAUAAUGUCAUUUGGCAAAUGAUUUUUUCUUUUCAGAUCUCUCCCGGCGUCUAGACGCACGGGUCAUUAGUUUUAAGCCCUAGUUUUAAGUCUAACUUUAGGACAUUAGGGGUUUUUAUGUCUUUCCCCUAUUUUUCGUUUAAGCUUUUAAAUUGUUUCCAUUUUUCCGCCUAGUGUAAUUUAUAUAUCCUAUAAUUUAUGACUCAGAUUAAGAAAAACUGUUAAGUCUUAGGCUACUUUUAGUUUAA